AUGAACAACAAUGACACUACAAAGAAGCAAACAGAGAGCAUCAAAGAACCAACAGAGGAUGAGAAGCAAACAAAAGCAGAUGAAGCUAAGGAGCAAGUUGUGAUGCCAAACAAAAGCACUGAGAAACUUAAAGAGAAGGACAACCAGCCACAUAGCUCAAGGGAAAUGACUCAGGGACAGCAGCAAAUAGGAAAGAGCAUCGCACCUCCACUGCCAUAUCCUCAGAGAUUCAACAAAGAGGUUAAGGACCAGCAUUUCCACAAGUUCCUUGAGACCUUCAAGAAGCUAGAAAUCAAUAUUCCCUUGGCUGAAGCACUUGAGCAAAUGUCUUUGUAUUCCAAGUUUUUGAAAGAACUUAUUAACAAGAAAAGAAGUUGGCUUGAGAAGGAAACCGUAUUACUCACUGAGGAAUGUAGUGCUGUGAUUCAACGGGGCAUUCCACCAAAACUCAAGGAUCCGGGAAGCUUUGUAGUAUCAUGCACCAUUGGCAAAAUAAUUCUCAACAAAGCUCUCUGUGACCUUGGUGCCAGCAUCAAUUUAAUGCCUCUUUCAAUGAUGAGAAAGCUUGCUAUAGAAGAGCUUAAACCCACCAGGAUGUCAUUAGUCAUGGCUGACAGAUCAAUCAAGACACCCAAUGGAAUUGUGGAGAAUCUGUUGGUGAAGGUUGGGGAAUUUAUCUUCCCAGCAGAUUUUGUGAUUUUGGAUACUGAAGAGGAAGGAAACGACUCAAUCAUUUUGGGAAGGCCAUUUCUACACACAGCAAGGGCCAUCAUUGAUGUAGAAAAAGGAGAAAUGAUCUUCAGGGUCCAUAAUGAACAAAUGGUCAUAAAUAUUUUCAAGUCAAUGCAACACAUUCCUAAGCAAGAGGACUACGUAAGAGUGGAUAUGAUAGAGAGUUUGGUGGAAGAAAUGCUGGAAGAAAAUUCUCAGGAGCAAGAAGGAAAUCAAGGGGCAACAGAAGAACAAGUAGCUGAAACCUUCAUUGAGCAAGAUGAAAAACAAGACAAGAAGGAAGAAGUACGAAAACAAGAACUGAAACCACUACCCCCCAUCUCAAAUAUGCAUUUCUAG